CUGUAGCGAGCGCUAGGUCGAAUUUUACGACUGCUAUUCAUGGUUUUACGACCCUAAAUCCUCCCAAUCCUGGCAUAGCAAGGGCUUUGAUGUACUAGCGGCCGUUUUACGCAUUCAAUCCUCUAUACGACCGGUCAUAAACGCAAUCACAGGCACUGCUUGUGUACCACUUACUUAACAGAGCGACUACAAUCCGUUUUCACCACUCGAUGUUCUGCCUUUUGAGUCUUUGUUUUAGAACAACAAUUUAUUUUCGAUGAAGUGAUCUUGCUCUGCAGUUUCGUUCGGUAGGUUGACGAGAAAAGGCUUGUGUGGCGACCGUACCGAAGCGGAGCAUUGCUCUGGCUCCUAGAGUCCUAUACCUCCUACUGCCAAUAUAGAUACAGAGUUAACUUGCGGAACUAUCGGCGGAGUGGUGUAUAUUAUACAGUAACAGGCCUACUUGGGAGUCCAUACAAAUUGUCGCAAUCUGAUCGCAAGAUGUCUCAUUCUUUGAAGCCAGUAUUCGUUCGACUGACGAUUAUAACUUCAUUUGUCUGCAUGAUUUGCACCUCGGCACUACCAUCUAUUUGCCUCAGUGGCGAGUACACUCAAACCGGAGAAUGCUGUCUACAGUGCCCCCUGGGGUGGGGAGUCCAAUCUCGAUGUACAGACACUAACAACACCAUUUGUAACCAAUGUUACAAAGAUAUAACCUAUUCACCAGAAACGAGCCACACUGCUGGUUGCAUGCCAUGUUCACGGUGUCAUCGAAAUCAGUUUGUGACGAGCUCUUGUAACCUUACGCACGACACCGAGUGUGAAUGCAGGAAGAGUUACUACCGUACGUUGGAUGGAUCCUGCAGUCAGUGCAACACUUGCCCGCCUGGGUUUGGUGUCUCUAUACCGUGCACCACACGGCAGAAUUCACGGUGUAAAUCGUGCGAGAAUGGAACCUUCUCCGAUGUGACGAGUGCUACAAAGGAUUGCUUGCCCUGCCGUCAGUGCCCAGAUGGAUCCAUCGUACACAAGACGUGUUCCAGGUUCAGUGACACUAUAUGCACAGCAGACGUUACUUUCCAGACGCCCAAAACAUCUCAAUCAACAAGUGAGAAUCCCGACAGUGCUAUACAAAGCAUAGACGACAGAUCAUCAGGCAUUGUUCCUAUCUACUGUGCCAUCCUAGCGUUCGUUGUCAUUGGUCUCAUGGGAUAUGUUGUAUUCAAGAGGCGGUCCUUCAAGAAGUUGCGAUCACAUCAAAAACAAUGCAGGUCCCUUUCCGGUUCUGCAUCUAAACUAGACGUGGAGAAGACGAAUGAUAAAAAAUCCAAGCCAAAAAGGGGAGACAACUUUUGCAAUUUUACUUCAAUGAAUGACAGACAGUGUGACCGGACACCCUUGUUGACAAUUUCAAAGACAACGCCGUGUCGGCAUCUUCCACGAGAGACUAUAGCUGAGAUUGAGUCCAUGCUUGGGAUAUCACGUCUUGAUCGGCGAGAUUGGAGGGGACUCGCUCUACAGCUAGGCUUCACCGACAAGGACAUCGUCCACUUUAUUAAAACAUCAGAAGAUGAUUUACCCAUUCAUAGAGUCCUUACACUUUGGUGUGAGCAAGAGGGCGCUCUUGUGGGCGUGUUAAUUGAUGCCUUACAGAAACUUGAUCGGAUAGAUGUUCUUAAUAAGUUAUGUAUGCAAGUGAAAUAAAAAUGCAAGUUAGGAGAUCCUUUAUGGGUUAUCAAUUUAAAAAAUGUUAAAUGCUUUUAAAUGAUCAAUAUAAAAGUAUUACUUUAUAGGAUAUAACAACGGUAUUUUCUACUUAAGUCGACCUGAUUGGUUGCAUGGUAUUCCGCCAUUGCAGAAUGUGUACAGAUUUUGUUGAAUCCGCCAUUGCAGAAUGUGUACAGGUCUUUGUUGAAUCCGCCAUUGCAGAAUGUGUACAGGUUUUUGUUGAAUCCGCCAUUGCAGAAUGUGUACAGAUUUUGUUGAAUCCGCCAUUGCAUAAUGUGUACAGGUCUUUGUUGAAUCCGCCAUUGCAGAAUGUGUACAGAUUUUGUUGAAUCCGCCAUUGCAGAAUGUGUACAGGUCUUUGUUGAAUCCGCCAUUGCAGAAUGUGUACAUGUUUUUGUUGAAUCCGCCAUUGCAGAAUGUGUACAGGUUUUUGUUGAAUCCGCCAUUGCAGAAUGUGUACAGAUUUUGUUGAAUCCACCAUUGCAGAAUGUGUAUGAGAUUUUGUUGAACCCGCCAUUGCAGAAUGUGUACAGUUCUUUGUUGAAUCCGCCAUUGCAGAAUGUGUACAGGUCUUUGUUGAAUCCGCCAUUGCAGAAUGUGUACAGGUCUUUGUUGAAUGGUUGCAUGGUAUCAUUUACGCCACUGCAGAAUAUGUUGUCAAAAGAUACCUAUGCAUUUUUGAACGUUACUAGUACUAUAAAUAUUAUUUAGAACAAAUGAAUUGGCUUAUGUUUGUCACCAGCGACGAAAGAGAUAGUGUCUUAGGGUUUACCAGACGAUAAUUAGGCCCACUUGAAUUUACUCUCAUUGUACAGGCUUAUAGUACAUAAAGAUAUUAGGCUGAUGUGUAAAUUAUCAAUAACUUGAACGUGACAUUUUAUACGAAGCUAUGGGUGAUCCCUGAGUACAUGCGUACUACCCAGAUGGGGGCGGGCAGGGGGGGGGGGCAACACCUCCAAAAUUGUAUAUUUAAGGGCUGAAGAUGUUCUCUUCUAUUUUGAGAAAUUACAUGAUAGCAAAUAAUGUACAUAGUGUAUUUGUAUAAUUGUAAGGGAUUAUUUCCGAAAAGAUCUUUAUGUGUGCCAACUUAAAACAUCAAGUGAUAGUUUUUGUCGUGGUUAUAUUGGCGACCAUUCAUGGGCCUUUUGCUGAUAGCUAUAAGGACUGCAUAAUUAAUAUACAGAACUUCCUUAAUUAUUCAGUGCUUAAGUUAUGUUUGCUUUAUAGUUAUACAGUUUCUAAAUAUAGUAUAUUUAUAACACGUUUUUGGUGUCGUUCAUGAUUGGAAGACGUUACCGGUACAGUAACUGCCGAUUAGUGACUCCAUUAAGCUACUGAUAAGUUUCAAAAUUGUUGAAGUGGUCUACAUUUUGGCCCCUGCAUAGGCCUUCAUGUACUAUUUCUUAUAAAUUCAUAAUUUACUAAAUGAUUGCCUUGAUAUUAUGGUAAGUUCAAACAAAACACCUACAAGACGAUAGAUGUUUCAAUAAAUGUACAGCAAAUAU